UCCCUCUUAUGUCAGGCAGACAGAAUACUUCAGGUGAUUGAGCCUGUCCACCCCCGUGUAGACUCUAGUUGGUAUCGCCCAAAGUUGAAGGGUCACCCUCCCUGCGCAUGCGCACCAGUCUAAUUUUUUUGAGCAACCUGUAAACACCUUCGUGUUUUGCGUUGGUAUCAUGGGGUCUAGGCGUGAAAAGCAACGCGAUAGACAUCGUUCGAGGGCGCCUUCGGGUCCUAGGGCGACCGAGGAGAGUUCCAAGCGCGAACGUGGCGGUUCCCGGCGGCGUUCCAGCGGCAAGGAGCGCGAGGAAGGCGGGACAAGCCCGGGCGGGUCGGCGCACCAUGUGCGUGAAAACGACCGCCAUGACAGUCGUCAGAAGUCGUCUUCUCCGGCUAUGCCGGUCCUCAGCGCUGACGGAAGCCAGCAGGAGGGCGACGGCGAGCAGAAGCAGCCGCCCACGGUUCAGCAAGACGGCAACUUGCCGUCUGACGGAGACAUAAGCAGUGGUGGCGGCGACGGAAGCAGGAAGACGCAUGAUAGCGAAACGGAGUUUUCGCCAACAAACGUCCGCAUCUCUGCCUUGGAGCAGAGUUUUGCGUCCAUGUCUCAGAGGCUAGAGGCGUUCCAGGAGCUGAUGUUAGCUCAAUUUGAGCAAUCUUCACCGAGGAAACGACGCAGCGCUCGUCCAGAGACGGCAGUUCCUGAGAAGCGCCGGAAGGAAGAUAGCGCUAGCGCCCGCAGUGGCAAGCAGCGCUCCCCGUCUCACGACGGGGCGGAAGGAGAGAGCGUCAGCGGUGACUCCGGCGAGCAUCCGGCGGUGGCAGUUCCUGAGAAACGCCGGAAGGAAGAUAGCGCUAGCGCCCGCAGUGGCAAGCAGCGCUCCCCGUCUCACGACGGGGCGGAAGGAGAGAGCGUCAGCGGUGACUCCGGCGAGCAUCCGGCGGUGGCAGUUCCUGAGAAACGCCGGAAGGAAGAUAGCGCUAGCGCCCGCAGUGGCAAGCAGCGCUCCCCGUCUCACGACGGGGCGGAAGGAGAGAGCGUCAGCGGUGACUCCGGCGAGCAUCCGGCGGUGGCAGUUCCUGAGAAACGCCGGAAGGAAGAUAGCGCUAGCGCCCGCAGUGGCAAGCAGCGCUCCCCGUCUCACGACGGGGCGGAAGGAGAGAGCGUCGGCGGCGACUCCGGCGCUAGCGACUCGGUGUGGAAGCCGUUCGACCCGACGAACAAGGACACCAUGCACUCAUGGGUAGCCGACGAUGUUGUCUUUUCUGAAGUAGAAAAGUACUUCAAGCAUGACCAGCAGCGCCGGGGUACAGACUUAGAGGCGUGGCAGCAGAAGUUCAGCAUGCCCGACAACGCUCCAUCCACGAUGGUUGCACCGAGUUUCAACGACAACAUAGCCAGGGCUGUCGUCGACAAUGACAAGAAGCAGGGUGAGCAGAUCAUUUCUCAUGAUAAGGCUCUAAAGAACAUCCAUUCGAACUUGGUGCAUAUUGGUACACCUUUGAUGAAUCUGUGGCAGAUGAUUCAGCGUUGUAAUAGUGAGAACUUUGAAGAGUUGCAGCUAGAGAUGAGUGACUGUGCUGGUUCAGCACUUGUGUUGCUGGGGUCGCUACAUUCUCAGUUGGCGUUCACCCGACGCACGUUCAUAGCAGAGUCAUCCCAGAAGAAGUUUAGAGACCUUUUCAAGGCAGCAUCUGAAGACCCAAAGUUCCUGUUCCCGCCUGACAUGGGGUCAAAGGCUAAGGACUUGUCGUCAGAGACGAAAGUGCUGGUUGGCAUGCUCAGCCAGGACGACCAGGGGAAGUCUUCAGUGCCGAGGCGUGGUGCUCGUCGCGGCGGCGGCAGAGCAACUGGCGGAGGGUUCAGCUACAGCUACAGAAACUCCCGCUACAUGCCACGGGCCAAUUAUGGCCAGUACAGUUACAGGGGUUCACAAACCCGACAGUUCUACAAUCGCAACCAGUCCUUUCAGUCUAAGUCGGGGGACGGGAAGCAGAAGCAGUCCAAGUAACAGACACGGCUUCAGAGGGAGAAGCACGCCGGCGUUUGACCGAAUUUCAACAUGUACCCAACACUACUCAGCUACUUCACGGAGGCAGGCUAGCCCACUUCAUGCAGGAGUGGAGGCAGUUGACUUCCGAUCCUUGGGUUCUUCAGUGCGUCAGGGGGUACAGGUUGGAAUUUGCGAGAACGCCUCCGGUGCAACGACAUCUGCCAUCUUGUUGAGCAAGAAGUCCAGCUCAGAUAGAAGUUCUGAGCGGAGAGGUAGAGACUCUACUUGCCAUAGGGGCAAUAAAGGAAGUUCAGUAUCAACACAAUCAGUUUGGUUUCAACUUUGUUUACAAUGCCAAAAAAGACAGGAGGUCUUCGUCCUGUUAUCAACCUGAAACCAUUAAACAAGUUCUUAAAUGUUCAGAAAUUCAAGAUGGAAACUCUGGGAGUUAUCAAGAACCUGGUUCGACCAGGAGAUUUUAUGGCAAAGUUGGAUCUCAAGGACGCAUACUUUACCAUCCCGGUAGAUGCGGACAGUCGCCGGUUCCUCACCUUUCAGUGGCAGGGCCGGUUUUACCAGUUCCAGUGCCUGCCCUUCGGCGUGGCGACCGCCCCGAGGGUCUUCACGAAAGUGUUGAAAGUUCCUGUGGCUAUCCUGCGAAGACGGGAGUUUCGUCUAGUGGUGUACUUGGACGACAUCUUGGUGAUCGGCCGCUCCAGAGAAGCAUGCCGAGAAGCUCUUUGGGCAGCCAUAGAGCUCCUGUCAAGGCUGGGAUUCGUCCCCAACCUCGAGAAGUCUGUUCUAGAGCCAUCACAACGCAUAACCUUCCUCGGUUCCGGCAUCGACACAACACAGAUGGUUACUUUUCUCCCCGAGAGCAAAGUUCUAGAGCUACAGCAGUUAGCACAAGACGUACUGACUGCAGACAGAGGGAUGUCAGCAAGAGAGUUAGCAAGCGUGAUUGGCAGGC